AUGGAUUCUCUUCUUGAACCAGUAAUUGAGACUGACAAGGAAACCUUUUGUUUGCAAAUAAUGAAACGCCUGGAUUGCCUGCGAAGAAACGAGCAUUUGUGUGAUGUGAUUGUAGAAGUUGGAUCCGGCGAUGGUCUAGCUCGCUUGAAAGCUCACAGAAACGUGCUGUGUGCUGCCAGCCCGUUCUUUUACAAUGCCCUCAACACGGAAAUGAAAGAAAAAAAAGAAGGAGUCAUUCGACUGAAAGAUACAAGCAAAGCUUUGAUGGAAGAAGUGCUGGAGUAUUUGUACACAGGACAUGCUGAUGUCAAUGACAAGAAUGCGUAUGAGUUGAUGGCUGUUGCAGAUUAUAUUCUUAUUCCAAGCCUGAAGUAUGUCUGCAGUAAAUACAUCCAACAAACUUUGAGUAUUUCAACCUGUUUGAUGGCUUAUUAUUCCAGUGUAAAGUAUCAAUGUGCUGAAUUAAAACAAGAAGCCAGGAGCUUUAUCCUUGCUAAUUUUAUAGCUGUUACAGAAACAGAAGACUUUCUCAAUUUGAGUCUUGAUCAAGUCGAGGAAUGGAUUUCAAGUGAUGACAUAGUGGUCAAAGGUGAAGAAGAAGUUUUUAAGGCCAUCUUAAAGUGGACUCAGAAAAACGCUCGCAGAAAACGAAGCUUUAGUCACCUUUUUUGCCAUGUGCGU